GGAGGUGAUCGAAGCUCUGGUGCGGACGAACCAACAGCUUCCAACGGUUUAGAAGUGAAGUGCAUCUUUCGGGUGUAGAUGCGAAAAACAGCACACCGUCGUUCUAUGUGCGUUCGGUACCAUUGCUCCAGAAGCAACACUCCCCGAAGGCCUAAUGCGGGCGCGCUCUGUGUGAAUUCGUUUGCUUAACAUUUGUGUUUCUAUCCAAAACCCGCACAAUCCGUGGUGUUUAUAGUUUUUCAUGUGUGUACGUUUAGAACUGACCGUGCAUAGUUGCAAGCUACCAUCUGACACCGGAACCGGGGAAAGAAAUCGACCAAGCAACGGUUGUGUGUUAUUCACCUUUACGAAAACCCGCAGUUUACAGGGAACGGUGAAGCAAAGAAAAGUAGCGAGCAAAGUAGCGUGUGCGAAAGAAUAUUCCUACACAAUAUAAGCUGUAUGCGUGCAUAAGUGUAUGUGGUUGUUGUGCUUGUGUGUGUGAGUUGGUGAGUGUUUUUUCUUCAUUACGAUUUUGUGAAGCAACAUCAAGCUGUACAGCAGGCUGUGAAGAAAAGACGAUGGUUGGUCGGCACUAGCCAGCGCGGAAAAUGAGGCUGUCCAUCGCUGUCAGCUGGAAAAGCAUCGUCGCCAACGAGAACGACCAUCAAAAGACGGCCAGAGAACGCUUGUCACGGAGGGGUGGAUAGUCCGGGUCGGUCAACAGCAACCGGUAGUGGGGUGGCGUAACGAGUUUUCUUUAUCAGCUGGCAUCCUUCAUCGUACGCCUUCGUCAGAAUCGAAACGCACUUCGUCGUGGUGCCCUUAUCAGCUUGCUUGUUUUACCGUACCGUUUCCAUCGCCUACGAGCGUACCCGCGCAUUGCCAUGGCGUCCGUCGUCUGCCCAUCGGACGAAAUUACGUAUUCCUGAAGGCGCACUGUAGAAAGCGAAACCAAAACAGAGGAGAGCCUGUCAAAUAAGAGGCGGCUACAUCGAUCGAUGAUCGUACUGCGUCAUCCUCAAAACAGACACAAGCGCAAGUGAUCGUAUUAGUCAUACCGUGCGCGGACUAGUUGCACUGUCUUUCCGAUUCAAGCCAGGAAACGUAUUAGCGUUUGAUCGUUCGUUAUAGUCAGAUUCACGCAACAAGACGUAAAUGCGGUACGUACGUCAAAGACAGAAAUCAAAGGAUCACUGAGGGAGAAGUAGAGAACAUUGGUUCCUUGUGUCGCCGCUACCGACGCGCCGUCACGCCAUAAGACAGGAGGAAUGACCAUCGUUAUGGCUGGUCUAUCGACAUCGGAAAUAUGCGAAAACACGAAACUGGCCCGUGAAAUGGCAGUGAUGGGGAACUACGAUUCGGCCGGUAUCUACUACGAGGGUGUUUUGCAAAUGCUGCGCAAACUGCUGGUCGGUCUUAGUGAACCACUGCAAAAGGGCAAAUGGUUGAUGAUACAACAAGAAAUUAACAAAGAGUACAAUCAAAUGAAACUAAUUCAAAAGACGCUUACGGAAAUUACAAUGGAUCUGCAAAAUGCACCGCUGCAAGCCCGCAUCCGCACACCCCUGCACGAAACUGCCAGCAAAGAUCCGGCAGCAUGGUUCCGGGCCGAUCCGGACAUCUGGAUGCCGCCGGUAUCCGGGCGCGGUGGCGUUGAUCCGGAUGUGUGGGCACCAGCACCAGAUAUGCCACCGCCCGAUCAUCGCCGGGCCGUAGCACCCCGUAAUCAAUCACGCUCCAGUACGGCACUGAACCGGAAGUCGGAAGUGAAUCGCCGAAAUGCGGCCACUAAAUCGGCAUCCACAACAACCGUCGGAGGGCGCAAGACAAUCAGUCAGUCAGCACGUGCCACGACCGGUGGAACUUCGGGAAUGAACGGUGCAUCGCGCACAGGAACGCUGACGAGAACGAAAGGUGGUGCAGGCCAGCGAAGCUCGGCAGCAGCGGCAGGUGGUGAUGCAACCAACGGCAAUGGAGAGAAGAGCGACAAGGAAAAGCUGGACGACGACGAAGGCAACGGCGGCGAUACGCCGGAGGAAGUGGAGCGCAAGUUCGAACCAGCCAGCCAUGUGGACGUCGAUCUAGUGGAUAUGCUCGAGCGUGACAUACUGCAAAAGAAUCCAAACAUUCACUGGGAUGACAUAGCGGAUUUGCAUGAAGCGAAACGGCUGCUGGAGGAAGCCGUCGUUCUACCGAUGUGGAUGCCGGACUACUUUAAGGGCAUCCGAAGACCCUGGAAGGGUGUGCUGAUGGUUGGUCCACCCGGUACCGGCAAAACAAUGCUCGCGAAAGCCGUUGCUACCGAGUGUGGCACCACGUUCUUCAACGUGUCCUCGUCAACACUUACCUCCAAGUAUCGGGGUGAGUCUGAGAAGUUGGUGCGUCUCCUAUUCGAGAUGGCACGGUUUUACGCGCCUAGUACGAUCUUUAUCGAUGAAAUCGAUUCGCUUUGUUCGCGCCGUGGUUCGGAGUCCGAGCAUGAAGCAUCCCGGCGGGUGAAAUCCGAGCUGCUGGUACAGAUGGACGGUGUCAGUAACGAUGAGGCAACCAAGAUUGUUAUGGUACUGGCCGCCACCAAUUUCCCGUGGGACAUUGACGAGGCGUUGCGACGACGUCUCGAGAAACGAAUCUACAUCCCGCUCCCGAACAGUGAAGGUCGUGAGGCACUGCUGAAGAUUAAUCUGCGCGAGGUGAAGGUGGACGAGUCGGUGGAUAUGCGCGACAUUGCUGACCGGUUGGAUGGUUACUCGGGUGCGGACAUUACGAAUGUUUGCCGCGAUGCAUCGAUGAUGUCCAUGCGGCGCAAAAUUGCCGGCUUGCGGCCCGAACAGAUACGGCAGCUGGCAAAGGAGGAACUCGAUCUGCCGGUAUCGAAGCAGGACUUCAAAGAGGCCAUUGCCAAGUGCAACAAGAGCGUAUCCAAAGACGACCUAGCGAAGUAUCAGCAGUGGAUGAAGGAAUUCGGUUCCUCGUGAUCGAACGUGUGUUUCGUCCCACUGACGACGAGCAAACCGGUGACGAUCAGUCCAUGGAUAUUAAGACUGUCGUCGAUGACUGAUUUGUGGGUGAUUGAACUGUGUUGGACGGUUCAAUGUGAGAUUGUGAUCCUUGUAUAAAGAUGAAGAAAUAGACAGUGAAUCCGAGAGUAGAUGGGAUAAACAAAACAAAUCGGGAGCAAAAUGAAUUAGCAUACAGGCCUAUCGUUCGAAAUGCACCGCUUAAGGGAAAUUUAGUAUCGUCCAACACUGGCAGAAUUAAUAGCUUUCUUAUUCGCGCUCACUACGCGUCCAUCUUUUUAUCGAAACCGUUUGCUUGCUUUUGUUAGCAAGCGCAUGGUCAUACAGUUGCGCUUAUCUUAAUGGUUCCUUCCGAAUUCUAUUUCACACAUCAUAUCAAUAUUCAAUGAGACAGUCCUGGAAUGUAGGUUGGCAAUAAUUAGGUAGGUCAACGAUUUUUUUCUCUGUUAAUUGUAAUGCACAUUGGUUGUUUCUAUUGCCGAUGUGAUCCAUUGCCUUGAUUGCUGUGCCUAUCAUCCGUAGGGCCAUUUUAACAUCAUUAGAUGCUUCAAAGGAGCGUCUCACUAUCUGAAGGUUUGAAGUGGAUGAACAGAUAGAACGAAACAGAAAACACUGAAACUAGGAUCAAGCUCUUCGCGGAAGAGCAAGAACUGCUGCAGAGCAUGUAACAUCCAUCUGUUUUCUUUUACAUUUUACUACUACAAUAAAAUCAACUAUAAUACUAGUGUAAUGAAUAAGAUGUAAUAAAACACUUGAAUAACAUUUUAUAAAAAAGUGACAAAAUAAAAGCAUAA